CUCGGCUUUUGACUUCAUGGCAUACUGAGAAAUCCAUGGGUCUUGAAGCAUCUUUACCGGCAGGAAAUACGUCGCUUCCCGUGUCCACACCUCCACUGCCAAAUGCACCUGUCAUAGGCCAUAAUGGGUCUCUUCUUUCGAGUAUCUUCGGAGACAACCCGUACUUUCAAGCUGGCUUUGGCCUCAUGGGAGUGGGCGUUGGCCUAACCAUUCUUAAGCAAGGUCUCACCCUAUCGUCAAUCGCUUUGCGCAGGCGCCUUCUCGUGUCGCUGGAGAUCAAUAACAAAGACCGCUCGUACGAAUGGUUCCUUACGUGGCUGGCGAACCAGAACCAGGCUGGCGCAAUAAAGAAGGGUAGAAAUUGGAUGCGGAGUCAUCAAUUGAGUGUAGAGACUGCGUAUGAGCAAAGGAAGAAUGGUAGCUCGGAGGCGUUCUUCAAGCUUGUCGCGGGCCCAGGCGUACAUUGGUUGCGUUAUCAAGGAGCAUGGAUGCAGAUGAAACGGGAGCGCGAAACACGCUCCAUGCAGCUCAUGUCUGGUGUGCCAUGGGAGACUGUGACAUUGACCGCGCUUUCGCGGGAUCGAGGCCUAUUUCCAACGCUCCUCUCUGAAGCUCGGGACUUGGCUAUGAAGAAUCAAGAGGGAAAACUCGUCAUACACACCGCAUGGGGGACAGAAUGGCGACCAUUUGGUUUGCCUCGGCGGAAGAGGCCCUUGGGCAGUGUAGUGCUGCAGGAGGGUGUCGGAGAAAAAGUCGAACAGGAUGUCAAAGCCUUCUUGCAGAGAAGAGAAUGGUAUGCCGAUCGAGGUAUACCCUAUCGCAGGGGCUAUCUUCUGCACGGCCCACCUGGCUCCGGAAAAUCAUCUUUCAUUCAAGCACUCGCGGGAUCGUUGGGCUACGAUAUAUGCCUCCUUAAUCUAUCUGAACGCGGUUUGACGGAUGACAAGCUGAAUCACCUAAUGUCGAAUGCGCCGGAGAGGAGUUUUAUACUCAUUGAAGAUGUUGAUGCUGCGUUUAACAAACGAGUGCAGACUAGUGAAGACGGAUAUCAGUCCUCUGUAACGUUCUCCGGCUUCCUCAACGCACUCGAUGGGGUAGCUUCUGGCGAAGAGCGUGUCAUUUUUCUGACCACCAACCAUAUCGAAAAAUUGGAUGCUGCCCUCAUCCGUCCUGGGCGGGUGGACCUCGAGACCCUGAUUGACGACGCUAAUCCACGACAAGCUAAGACUCUAUUCAUGCGGUUCUACGGAGGCACGCAGGGCGAAAAGUGGGACACUGACCUACCAGCUAGUCAGCUAGAUGUCCUGGGUGAUGAGCUGAAAGAGAUAAUAAGUAGCGAGAUGAGGGCGGGGCGAAGGGUGAGUAUGGCUGCCUUGCAGGGAUUGUUCAUUAGAAACCCCCCAAAGGAGGCUGUCUUGAGAACAAUAGAACUUUUUGUAUCUUGAGGAUACAAUCGUUU